UAAUAAAAUCUUCACCUUUGCCAUCGCUUCUGGUCGAUCUGGGUUGGUGUGAAUCUCGUUCUCCGGAUCCGAAGGCUCAGGUUUCUUCGAGCUUGACAUUUCCCGACGACGAGUUUUUCAUCGUAUUAUCCGCAGCACGCGGCACGGGAAACCAACAAAAGAGCAACUUUCCGGCCUGGCUUUUCGUGGACCCUGGGAGCUGUGUGGCAGCACCGGACAUCUCUCAAAAUGCCCGUCGUCAAUGUGGAUGAUCUUGUCCGUCUGCAACGGCAGCCCGAUGACAUACGGAAUAUUUGCAUUCUUGCCCACGUUGAUCACGGUAAAACAUCCUUGACGGAUAGUUUGAUCGCCACCAAUGGCAUCAUCUCACCCAAGCUGGCGGGUAAGAUCCGCUACCUGGACUCACGUCCCGAUGAGCAGCUUCGAGGAAUUACGAUGGAGUCUUCUGCUAUUUCUCUCUUCUUCUCCAUGAUGCGUCGUCCUGCUCCCGACGCUGCGCCAGUGCCUAAGGAGUAUCUGAUCAACCUGAUCGACUCUCCUGGUCAUAUUGAUUUCAGCAGUGAGGUGUCGACCGCAUCGCGUCUUUGCGAUGGUGCUGUGGUGCUCGUUGAUGCCGUGGAAGGUGUCUGCAGUCAAACAGUCACGGUACUGCGUCAAACCUGGGUGGAGCAAUUGAAGCCCAUUCUGGUCAUCAACAAGAUUGAUAGACUGGUCACUGAGCUGAAGAUGAGCCCUAGCGAGGCUUACUCGCAUAUGAGCAAGCUGCUAGAGCAGGUCAAUGCUGUCAUCGGUAGUUUCUACCAGGGUGAACGGAUGGAGGAGGACCUUCAGUGGCGAGAGCGCAUGGAAGAGCGUGCCAAUGAAUCGGCUGCUCGUGACAAGGACCGUUCGAAGAAGCAGGAGCAAGAUGACGAGCCUACAGCCGAGUACGAGGAACGAGACGAUGAGGACCUUUACUUUGCCCCGGAGAAGAACAACGUUAUCUUCUGCAGUGCUGUCGAUGGCUGGGCUUUUACUAUCCGUCAGUUUGCGGUGAUUUACGAAAGAAAGCUCGGGAUUAAGCGCGCUAUCCUCGAGAAGGUUCUCUGGGGAGAUUACUAUCUUGAUCCCAAGACAAAACGAGUUCUGGGUCAGAAGCACCUGAAAGGCCGUGCUUUGAAGCCCAUGUUCGUCCAGCUUGUAUUGGACAGUAUCUGGGCGGCAUACGAGGCCACGACUGGCGCAGGCACAGGAAAGGGCGACCCGGCUUUGUUGGAAAAGAUCACCAGGUCCCUGAAUGUCAACAUCCCGGCCUAUAUCCUACGCUCGCGCGAUGCCAGGAAUAUUUUGACCACUCUAUUCUCAAUGUGGCUGCCUUUGUCGACUGCCGUGCUGGUGUCCGUUAUUGAAUAUCUUCCCAGCCCACGCGCAGCUCAAGCAACUCGGUUGCCAUCAUUGAUUGAAGAAUCCCCUGGUGCUCAAUUCGUUGAUCAGAAGGUGAAAGAUGCCAUGGUCAACUUCAAGACCCAGAAGGAUGAGCCCGUCAUCGCCUACGUCAGCAAGAUGAUGUCUAUUCCGGAGAGCGAGCUGGUGUCGAGCAAGAAGCGAUCCGGUGCCACCAUGUCGGCCGACGAAGCCCGGGAGAUUGCUCGCAAGAAGCGAGAAGAGAUUGCCAAGAUGCAGGCGGAAGCCAACGGUGACCAGGCAGAUGACUUCUCUCGCAUAACAUCUGCCUUCGAACGGACUUCCCUAUCCGACAACCAGGCGGCUGAUGACGAGGAGAACGAAGAUCCCGAACAUCUCGUCGGAUUUGCACGUCUUUACUCUGGAACGCUCUCAGUGGGAGAUUCUGUGUACGUUCUCGCGCCCAAGUUCUCGCCAGAGAACCCGCACGCCAGCCCCGAACCUCGAAAGGUGACAGUCACCGAUCUGUACCUGCUCAUGGGCAGGAGUUUGGAGCCUCUCCAGUCGGUACCUGCCGGUGUUGUCUUCGGCAUUGGCGGUCUCGCAGGCCACGUCCUCAAGACGGGAACCCUAUCCUCGCAGCUUGAAGGCAGCAUCAACUUGGCCGGUGUCUCACUCAACACACCGCCCAUUGUUAGAGUCGCCCUGGAGCCGGCGAAUCCAGCUGACCUGAACAAGAUGGUCACUGGUCUCCGCCUCCUCGAGCAAAGUGACCCUUGCGCGCAAUACGAAGUCCUCCCCAGUGGCGAGCACGUCAUCCUGACCGCCGGUGAAUUGCAUCUCGAACGCUGCAUCAAGGAUCUCCGCGAGCGCUUCGCCAAAUGUGAAAUCCAAACCGGUCAGACCAUCGUGCCAUACCGGGAAACCAUCACUAGCGCCCCAGAGAUGGCGCCUGCCAAGAACCCCGAGCUAGGCAGAGGAGGCAUCCUGACCGUUUCUCCAUCGAAGCAGUUGACCAUGCGACUUCGCGUGGUACCGCUUCCCUCAGCCGUUACGGAGUUCUUCUCCAAGCACGUGGGAACCAUCAAGCGUAUCCAAACCGAAAAGCACACAGCGGCGGAAACCCAGUCCAGCGAAGAGGCAACCGCCGUAACCACUGAGAGCGAUGCCACAGAUGCUACGGAUGAGGCCCGCGAAGCGACAUCGCUCUCCCUGAAAGACUUCAGGCAAGAACUCACCAAGAUUUUCAAUCAAGAAGUCACCGAUGACAAGGGAAUCUGGAAGGAUGUCGUCGACCGAAUCACCGCCUUCGGACCCCGACGUAUUGGCCCUAACAUCCUCGUCGACGCGACAGAGGUCAACACGUGCGAGAAAUUCCUCCUCGACGAUCCCAAGCAACAACCCACCGUCAACGCUGACACCAGCAGUCGUGAAGCCCUCUUCGUCCGCGACUUCUGCGACAAGAUCGCACACGCCUUCCAAUUGGCCACCGGUCAGGGACCACUCUGCCAGGAACCAAUGCAAGGCGUGGCCGUCUUCCUAGAAGACCUCUCCGUCAACGCCAAUGACGAAGACCUCGAUCUCGGCCGUCUAACCGGCGAAGCCAUCCGACUAGUCCGUGACAGCAUCUCGCAAGGCUUCCUAGACUGGAGUCCUCGAAUCAUGCUCGCCAUGUACAGCUGUGAAAUCCAAGCCUCCACCGAAGUCCUCGGCCGCGUAUACGGUGUCAUCACCCGUCGCCGCGGACGCAUUCUCUCCGAAAUCAUGAAAGAAGGCACCCCCUUCUUCACCAUCCUUGCUCUCCUCCCCGUAGCCGAAUCGUUCGGCUUCGCCGAAGAAAUCCGGAAACGGACGUCCGGUGCGGCACAACCGCAACUUAUCUUCGCGGGCUUUGAGGCCCUAGACGAGGAUCCAUUCUGGGUGCCGGCUACGGAAGAGGAGUUGGAGGAUUUGGGCGAGUUGGCGGAUCGCGAGAACGUCGCGAAGAGGUAUAUGGAUGCGGUGAGGAGGAGGAAGGGGUUGGUGGUGCAGGGACGGAAGUUGAUUGAUGCGGAGAAGCAGAAGACGUUGAAGAAGUAGGAAUGGAAAUGACUGUGGGAGGAUAAAACAAUGAACUGGACAUUGAUGUUUAUGGUUAUGUUUAUGUUUAUGUUUAUGUUUAUGUUGCAUAUGUAGACUACUUUCAUUUAAGCACACUAACAGUGAUUCGCCGUGCUUUCUCUGUAUUCCACCGGACUGUUGGGCGGAACAUCCCUUCCACCACGCGUCAACCU